AUGCAGUCGGCAAAUCCCAGCAGCCCGAAAGUACCAGUAGGUACUUUUGUGGAAUUUCAAGUGGUUAUUUUAACAAAUGACGAAAACCACUUUGCCAGUGAUUUGUGCGAAGGGACAUGCAAGGGGCUCAUCAAGAUAAGUAAUCGGUGCAUGAUCUACUUCAUCCUGCGGAACCUAAUUGAACAGAAGUUAAAAUACAUAACCAUCGUGGUGAAUAGCAAGUACUACGAUGAGAUGGUGAGUUACGUGAAUGAGACGUUUCCGGAGAAUUACAAGGUGGACGACAAGAAGAGCUUGGACAGCUACUGCAUCGACGUGGAGCCGUACACCUCCAGCAACAGCGAAGAGUUGGGACCCAUCCAGUGCCUCCUGCAGAUCCGCCACAAGAUAAAGUCGGACUUUAUCGUCGUUAACUGUGAUAUCCUCGGGUUUGUCGACUUCCAUUCCUUAGCAAACCUAUUUCGGGGCGAAAACGCCAUCUGUGCGCUGCUCCUCUUGGAAGAGAACCAAACAGACGAGAAGAAGAAACAAAAAAAGGAGGAUGAGUUACUAAACUUAGAGAACAACAUAUGGGUGUGCAUAGACAAAAACAGCAAGGUCGUCAGUAUAAAGGAUUCUCUCUCUAUGAAGCAGAGUGGGAGGUUUAAGAUCAGUAAAAUAAAUUUGACUGCGCAUCGAAAUUUUAUUCUAAAAACGGACCUCCUGGAUAGCCACGUCUACAUUUUUAAGAACUACGUUUUGGACAUUAUGGAGCGCAAGAGCAGCUUCACCAGCAUUAAGUACGAUCUCAUACCCUACUUGAUCAGAAUUCAGAAUACACGCAGAGCAGCAGAGUACUACUCCAAGUCGGAGUUCAAAUUUAACAUGUUCAAGACGCUGAUCAAUAGGUACGAAGGAGGAGAGGACAACGAUGAGUCGGAUCAGAAGGAGAAUAUAGAAAGUGUCGUCUGCUAUGUGCAACCCAAGUCUAAUGGGUUCUGCCAGCGGAUCAACAGCCUUUCCAACUUUAUCAAAGCCAACAUGCUGUUUUGCGUCUCCAGACACGAUCAGCUGAAGAACGUCCUGCCCCCCUACUGCUUCUUCCUAAUGAGUGACAAGAACCAGUCGUACAAGGACUGCAUAAUAAGUAGCCAAUUUGAGCACGAGGAAAAUGUCAUCCUCAAAAAGUCCGUCCUCGGCAAAAACGUAAGGAUAAAAAAAAACUCUUCCGUAAACAGAAGCAUUUUUAUGGACAACAUAAUUGUCAGUGAGAACUGCCACAUACAGAAUUCCAUCAUUUGCAAAAACGUUGUCAUCGGAGAUAACUGUAAGCUGGUUGACUGCGUAGUGAGGGAAAACAGCGUCAUCGAAAGGAAUGGCAUCUUCGAGAAGGAAACACUACCUCUAUUUAUCUCCUAG